GCCGCUCCUUUGACCGAUCUGACGCGCCUUGACACCCCAUGAGAGUGGACAGAUGAGUGUGAGGCUGCUUUCAGACAUCUGAAGCAUGCGUUGAUGCACUACGAGGUCGUGAAACUUCCUGAUCCUGAUAAGCCGUUUAUAGUCAGCACGGAUGCCAGCCAAUAUGACAUUGGUGCCGUGCUCACGCAGCAGGAUGGGCCAAAGUUGAGGCCUGUAGAGUACAUGUCCAAGAAAAUGCCGUCUCAAAAUUUGGCUAAGUCCACCUAUGAGAAGGAACUUUAUGCAGUGUACAAGGCUCUGACCCAUUGGAGGCACUAUCUCCUUGGGAGGUUCUUCAUCCUCAGGACUGAUCAUCAGUCCUUGAGAUGGAUGAGAACUCAGUCGGUGCUCUCUGACGCUCUCAAACAUUGGAUUGAAGUCAUUGAGCGGUAUGACUUUGACCCUCAGUAUCUGAAAGGGGAGUACAACAAGGUUGUUGAUGCCUUGUCGUGUAGACCUGAUUUCUCAGGUGCGCUGAUUACUGAGUUUAAUCUGACGGACAAUGUUACUCAGGCUUUGGUGGAAGCCUAUCGCGAGGACCAGUUUAUGUCUGAGAUCAUACGCAGACUCAAGGCGAAGGACAAGAAGACCUCUGUCGAGUUUGAAUUGGUCAAUGGCUUGUUGUUCCUUGAGAAGGCAGGGAAUAAACGAUCGUGUGUCCCUAAUAGCGAGUCUUUGCGUAGUCUAUUUUUAGGUGAGUGUCACGAUGCUACCGGCAAUUUUGGGUACAAGAAGCCCGCAGCUAAUCUGCUGCAGCGGUUCUGGUGGCCAACGAUGAUGCGAGACGCCCAGCUGUACGUGGAGACUUGUCAGGCCGGCCAUUUUGCGCGAUGGUGCCCUCAGAAUCCUAAUGCACAGCAAAAUGCUUCAGCUAUUGUUCCAGCGUCCGCACCACCGUUUACUAAUCCGGCUAAUAAUGGUAACGCUACAACGAUUGUGCCAUAUCAAGGAGGCGGAUGGAACAACACCAAUCGAAGACUGGAAUCAUUGGAGGAUCAAGUUGGCAAGAUGAAGAUUCGAUAUGAUGCUGACAAAGAGAAGGAACGCAAGAAGAAAGAGGGCGAAGAGAAGAAGCAGCGAGAAAAGGAGGAAGAGGAGAGAAGGCAAAAGGAGAAGCAAGAAAGAGAAGCCUUCCAAAAAGAGUUGAAGGUCACUAUGGCAACCGAGCUAAGUGCGGUACGAGAGGCUUGGACCAGGAAACAACAGAAGGAUAAGGCAACAAUUGAGAAGUUACGAACGGAGAUGGAAGAAAUUCGUCGUGGCAUGGCAUCGACGUCGACGGCACGUGCACACGCAAUCAACGAACUAGAUUUUGAGAUGGUUGAGAAGAUGCGACAACAGCAGGAGGAGAUGAAAAGGGAACAGCCAGAAAUGCACACAAGACUGUUAGCGAUGGUGACUCAUUGGUGAGUAUUGCGGAGAGACGGGCGGAGGCUGUAGAACGGGAGGCCGCUGCGUGGAAGCUCGAGGCCAAUAGGCCAGGGAACAAACGUGGCAAUAUCGU